GGUGACUUCAGUGUGAUCGAUCAAUCAGGAGUUCAACUCGAUACGCGAGCGCUUCGACACCGAAAUGAAGAAAAUGGAGGACGAAAUGACUCGUUUCAGGAACGAGCUGAUGAACAGAGAGUCCGCCUUCUUCCAGAGGUCCAUGCUCACGUCUUCCAGAUUUCCAGCGCCUUUCUUCCAACCGUUGAGACCAAGUCCGGCAGAGGGGUUCUUUCAACAACCUGCUGGCGCUAAUACCACCGCUACCACCUCCCAGUCUUACCAACAAGAGCAAGCAAGUGCAAACCAAGGUCAGGGGUCAUGGUUGGAAGGUAUGAAUUCUCCCCUCAUCCAGCAAGAAGGCGACUGCAAACAGUUGAAACUUAGAUUUGACGUCAGCCAGUAUAAGCCUGAAGAAAUUGUGGUCAAGACUGUGGACAAUAAGUUACUGGUCCAUGCUAAACAUGAGGAGAAGUCUGAUAGCCGGUCUGUAUAUAGGGAAUACAACCGAGAGUUCCUGCUUCCUAAAGGUACAAACCCAGAAUUAAUAAAGUCCUCUCUCUCAAAAGAUGGCGUGUUGACUGUAGAAGCACCAUUGCCUGCCAUUGCUGAUGGUGAAAAGGUUAUUCCAAUUGCACAAAACUAAUAUUUAGAAAGCCUUGAUGUGACCUAAGAGAACAGAGAAACUAAUGCUUAUACAGAUGGCAAAAUUACAUCAGAAACCAUGUUUUUUUUUUAACAACUUUGCAUUUUCCAAUUGUAUGAUCACACAAGAGACAAUGAUGUAUCACUGUUUAAUAUGAAGUUAAUAAAAAUAUUUCAGUUAUUUUAAAUAUAUCACUUUUAUUUCCCUUUUCUGUACAUUGUAAUUAUUAUAUACCCCAUUUUUAAGGAUAAAUCUCUGGCAAAUGUUAAAUAUUUAAGUACCAUUUAGGUUUUUUUCUAUAACACUGUUGUUUUGUGGCCCCUCAAAACCUAUUAAAACUAUCCUUAAGGGGCACAUGUCUGUACUGUACAUCAGUUUUAUAAUUUGAUAAAUGGCAUCUUUCAACAAGAAACUGUUUAUUUUUAAUACAAAGUUAUGUAGAAAUUACACAAAUAAAUAAAUGAAGUUUU